GACAGCUGAUUACAUUCGAUCAAUUCGCAACCUAACCCUCUUGUAUCGCUAUGAUGCCGAUCUGCUUGUCAGUGUCGGACGAUUCUCGCGUGCCGUUCGCCGCGCACGAUCGCUUCCUCGAAUCGGGAUGAUAAUCGCGCGGCUGCAUCACGGCCGUAUCCUUGAAAAACCUGGAGGAGAAACGCGACGAUGAUCGAGGUUACGUGUUUGGUGCAUUAACUUUAGCGCGCGCCGCGCGUGUUCAUGACGUAGAGAGAUUGCGGAGUCGGCCGGAAAGCCAAUAUCAUGAACAAGCUUAGAUUAGGGUCAGAGUAUAUUCCUUUAGCGGCGGAGGAAGACAUGUCGAGGAGCCGCGUCGUCGUGCCGUUCAGCAAAGUGGCAUGGUGCACCGUGUCCCUGCCGUUCGUGGCGUUCAUCUUUUGUGUCGCCUGGUCGGUCCUCUAUAAUUUCGAGCAUUCCACCUCCACGCACUGCCAGGUGUACAAUUUUUUACCGUCAGUCUCGGCGGCGAUUGGUCAUUACAGGCCUCAGAGAGACGUUUGGAAGACUGCCAUAGCGCUACAAGCAAUAGUGAGAAUCAUAGUGUUUAUGAUAUACUACCGUUACUAUAGGGAGCACGUUUACAAAUGGGCGCAAUACUUGAGUAACAUUGCACUGGUCAUGUACGCCAUUGAAAAUACGUCUCUCGUAACGUUGAGUUUUUGGUCUUCCGACGAGAAUUACACAUUCCACAAGAUGUCUUUCAUAACGUUUUUGAUAACGUCGUUUAUACACAUGUUCUUAACGUAUUAUAUUAUGAGGAGUUGCCGAACUGUCACGAGGGAAUGGUUUGACGUCGCGUCUCUGACGUGGAAACGCAGAUUAAUGCUGCUGAACGUGAUAUCAAUACUAGUAGCGUGCUACUUCUUCUAUAGGCAUAAUAAAUAUUGCGAGCCCUUAGUGUAUUCAAUGUUCGCUCUGAGUGAAUACGGCGUUGUUCUCUCAAACAUGGGUUAUCACCUAACUGCAGCGUUGGACUUUGCUACUACGCGUCUUAUGAUAUCGAGAAACGGACUCCGAGUCAUUUAAGCUCUUCCGAUUCACGGUUCGUGGUAAUUAUUAUGUAUACUUGAAGAUUAUCGUAUAUUAUUGUACAUAUACCAUUUUUAUUUUAAAUCUCCCGGCCAUAUUUCCCUGCCAGAAAGUAAUAUUGGAGAAUUUACAAGAAAAUAUUACUUUUGGGGAAUAUAAAUAUAGUGCCAAUUAUUACGUAUGCAUAUUUAUCAGGAUUUUUACAGAGAUACGGUUCUUAGAGCGCUUUAAAUAAUGUUCAAAAUAAAACCUGACGAACAAAAUAAAACAGUUUUAUAUA